AUGGAGGAAAAGUCUGCCAUCUUCAAUUUUCAGAGUCUACUGACUGUAAUCUUGCUACUCAUAUGUACGUGUGCCUAUAUCAGAUCCUUGGCUCCCAGCUUACUGGACAAAAAUAAAACCGGACUAUUGGGAAUAUUCUGGAAAUGCGCCAGGAUUGGUGAACGGAAGAGCCCCUACGUGGCUGUGUGCUGUGUCGUGAUGGCCUUCAGCAUUCUGUUUGUACAGUAGCAGCUGGAGCGUGUCCCCUACGCCCCACUACCAAACAGCAGAGCAUGGAAGACCUUCUGGCAGGAAAAGAUGGGAAGGUGUCAUCAAGUCUCAUCUCGCACAUUGGAUAGCCUGUCUCUUAGUGCACAUCCCCACUCCCA